CUUCCUAUCACGUGACCGACGGACGGACGGCAAGGGAACUCCAUCUUGGGUUUAUCCACGAGGGUUGUGACUUAAAUUAUUUUUGUUGCCGUUUAUUUGCCGGCCGCCGCGGUUUUCACACAAGCUCAGCAUGCCAUCCAGUAACCCGUUACCGCCCAAAGAAAACGCUCUCUUCAAGCGAAUAUUGAAAUGUUACGAACAAAAACAAUACAAGAAUGGGCUCAAGUUCGCCAAGCAGAUCCUGUCCAACCCCAAAUACGCCGAGCACGGAGAGACCCUGGCCAUGAAGGGCCUGACACUCAACUGCUUGGGCAGGAAGGAGGAGGCCUACGACUACGUGAGAAGAGGACUGAGAAACGACCUGCGGUCGCACGUGUGCUGGCACGUCUACGGCCUGUUGCAGCGUUCGGACAAAAAGUACGACGAGGCAAUCAAAUGUUACCGCAACGCUCUCAAGUGGGAGAAGGACAAUAUUCAAAUCCUGCGCGACCUCUCCUUGCUGCAAAUCCAGAUGAGGGACCUGGACGGUUACAAGGACACUAGGUAUCAGCUUUUUAUGCUAAGACCAACGCAAAGAGCUUCCUGGAUCGGCUUCGCGAUGGCCUACCACUUACUCAAGGACUUCAGCACUGCUCUCCGAAUUUUGGAGGACUUUAGGAAAACUCAGGCUCAAAAGAGCAACUUCGACUACGAGCACAGCGAGCUGCUUCUCUACCAGAACAUGGUCCUGCACGAGUCUGGCGCUUUGCAAGAGGCCAUUUCCCACCUCGAACGCUACUCGGAACAAAUCUGUGACAAACUCUCCAUUCUAGAAACUUAUGGGGAACUGUAUCUGGAAAGCGGUCGUUGGAAGGAGUCGGAGGAGAUCUACCGGAAACUGCUGCUGCGGAACCCAGAGAACACGAAAUACUACAAGCUGCUGCAGGAGGCGCUGCGGCUGACCAACCCCGAAGACAAACUGAAGCUGUUUGAGGAGUACCGGGAGCGGUUUCCGCGGGCGCAGGCCCCCCAGCGGCUGCCCCUGGCGCUCGCCACCGGCGACACCUUCAAGACGCUGGUCGACAAGUACCUCAGGCGCGGCCUGCACAAAGGCGUGCCGCCCUUGUUCGUCGACCUGCGCUCCCUCUACAAGGACCCGGAAAAAGUCAACAUCAUCCACAACCUCAUACUCCAGUACAUCGACAGCCUCAAGACCUGCGGAAAUUUUGCCAUGAAUGAGUCUGAAUCUGCGAACGAGCCGGCGUCAGCGUUGCUGUGGGCGCUGUACUACAUGGCGCAGCACUACGACUUCCUCGGCGACACCAACAAGGCGCUGGAGGCGAUCAACGCCGCCAUCGACCACACGCCCACGCUCAUCGAACUCUUCGUUACCAAAGGUCGCAUUUUUAAGCACGCUGGUGAUUUGGUUGAGGCGUACAAGUGGAUGGACGAGGCGCAGGGGCUGGACACAGCGGACCGGUACAUCAACAGCAAGUGCGCCAAGUACCUGCUGCGAGCCAAUCUGGUCAAGGAGGCCGAGGAAAAGUGCUCCAAGUUCACCAGGGAGGGAGUGACUGCAAUGGAGAACCUAAACGAGAUGCAGUGCAUGUGGUUCCAGACCGAGUGCGCCCUAGCAUAUCAAAGAAUGGAGCUGUUCGGCGAGAGUUUGAAAAAGUGCCAUGAAAUAGAUAGACAUUUUUCAGAAAUAAUCGAGGAUCAGUUUGACUUCCACACAUACUGCAUGAGAAAGAUGACUUUGCGGUCGUACGUCGGGCUGCUGCGGCUGGAAGACGUGCUGCGCGCACACCCCUUUUACUUCAAGGCCGCGAGAUGCGCCAUCCAGGUGUAUCUUCGGCUGCACGACAAACCCCUCACUGACGACUCGCAGCAGCAAGAACUCAAUACAGAAAACUUGGCGCCAGGGGAGCUGAAGAAACUGCGCAACAAGCAGCGUAAGGCGAAACGCAAGGCCGAAAUGGAGAAGCAGCAGGCGGCGCAGGCGCAGGAAAAGCGCGAACACCACAACAAGUCCAGGCAGCAGACCGAGGCCGAAAUGGACGCCCCGCAGCAGGACGAACUCGUCCCUGAAAAACUCGAAAGGACUGAAGACCCUCUGGGACAAGCGACCAGGUUCCUCACUCCCCUGCAGGAGCUCGCCGCCUCCAACAUCGAAACGCAUCUCAUGGCCUUCGAGAUUGCCAUCCGCAAAGGUAAGCCAUUGCUGAUGCUGCAGUCGAUAAAGCGUGCGCACCGCAUCGACCCUGAGAACGCGAUUCUGCACUCGUGCCUGGUCCGCUUCCUCACGUUCCUGGGGAAGGCGGGCGCGCUCGCCCCCGCAGUCUCGCAAGUCAUCCAAACCGAGACCAAGGCCAUCUUCCAGGGCAGGGACGCCCGCCAGAUGAACGCCCAGUAUUUGGCCUUGCACGAACGCUCCCUCCCGGCCAGACUCGAGGUCGCCAGAAUGAUGUACCUCUUGGACCCGUCGACUCAGGAAUCGGCAAUCUCGCUAGCCACGGCGCUGGAUGCUCACUUGCAAGGAGUCAAUUUAAAGAACUGUUCGAGCGUACUGGAAGGGCUGCAGAGCGGCGACUUUGGUGCGUGCGAGGCGCAGGCGAGGGAGUACAAGGCGCGCUGCCACGAUCGCUUCCCGCACGCCGCCAUCUUCCGUUUCCCAGUGCCUGAGUCUGCGGCCGCAGCGGCCGCGGCGGCGGCCGCUGCGUUAGUGUCCUCGGAAAACAACAACAGCUCGGACUUGGCCAACAACCACGACAACAACUGCGUCAACUAAAGAGGACGAGAGAAAGAUCACGCCAUUUCCUCCUGUUUCCUUGAUUGUUUACGUGUACAGUUUAUUAUUAUUAUUUGUAUAUUACAACACACACACACACUGACACACACACACUCUCACUCUCACACACACACAGACACACACACACGAUGAUGGUAUAGUUGUGCUGAUUCCUUGGAGCGGCGCCGCCGCCGAUCAGAAUAAAAUUAACAAGCGCGGCGCCACUCACUUUUGGACAUUUUUAUACAAACAAUGGUGGAUCGACGAGACGAGACGACACGCGCUCGGACUUGUGGAAGAACGCAGCAAAAUCUGUGGUUGUUUGUUUUUGCCGAUCGAAUCUGGGCUACAUUAGCCCGCGGAGGCUCCGGCAGUGGCAGCGCGGCACCAGACAAAGAAACAAAAAAAAAAAAGAAAUCCCAAUCGGAAGAGCUCGAUGAUGCGAGGGCUUCGUUCGUUCGUUCAUUCGUUUGUUCGUUGUUGAUUAUUCGUGAGAAUUGUUUCGUUCGUUUCGCAAUACGACAAAAUGUAAUGAUAAAAUUGAUUGCGGCACAAAAUCCCGGCUGCGGUGUGUAGACAAUGGAACAGCUUUUACCGACUCUGCUCGCGCGCGAAUUCAAAACAAGAUGCCUUGUCCAAAAUCUCAGAACCAUUGUCUAGCUAUAAACAACAAUAAUAAAAAAAAACGCAAAAGACGA